AUGGCUUCUUCUCGUGUAAUCUUGAUCCUUUCCGUUUCCAUGGUUUUGCUUUCCUCAGUUUCAAUGGCUACUGAUCAUAUUGUUGGUGAUGAUAAAGGCUGGACUGUUGAUUUCAAUUACACUCAAUGGGCUCAGAAGGUUGUUUUUCGUGUUGGUGACAAUCUUGUUUUCAACUAUAACCCUUCUUUCCACAAUGUUUUCAAAGUGAAUGGCACACUAUUUCAAAACUGUACUUUUCCGCCGGAAAACGAAGCACUUUCUACCGGAAAAGAUAUCAUUCCGUUGAAAACUGAAGGGAGGAAAUGGUAUGUUUGUGGAAAAGGUGAUCACUGUGUUGCUCGUCAAAUGAAGUUUGUUAUCACUGUUCUAGAAGAAGGUGCACCUACGCCUUCUUCUCCUCCACCGUCUUCCACUGCUCACUAUGUUGUAUCUUCUGUGUUUGGAGUUGUCAUGACAGUCGCGGUUGGUAUUGCAACCAUCUUUGCAUGA